AUGGCGAGUCUCAGCACGCCUAGUGCCAGGCCUCAGCAGCCAGCAAAGCAAAUGUCAUCGCGAUUGCUGAACAUGAAGUUCAUGAAAAGAGCUGCUGCUGCUUCGCCCACAUCUACUCCUACCGCUGCAACAACGCAGACACCGUCAAGCGAACCAUUUGCGAAGCGCCGGCGUAUUGAAAACACGGCCUCUUCUCCUUCAGCAUCGAACCCCGCAACACCCUCUAGAGGCUCCGGUACACCGACUCUCACAGCUGAAACACAGUCCACCAGUCUCACACUCCCAAGAGAAGGGAUAAGCACAUUCAGUCGCGGAGACGGAGCAGAUACAGAAUGGGUCCUAGAUUUGAAGAUCCCGUUCUCUAACGGGCCGAGUUCCAGUUCCCAUUCUCUAGCCAAACCACAAGCCAGUGGGGUGAAUGGGUCUAGAUUCUCGUCUCUCCAUGAAGAAGAGCAGAAUCCUAAUGAUGACAGUGAAGACGGUCCCGAGGACGAAGAUAUAUGGACCAAUCAACCCGUCGGUAGACAGACGUAUGGAUCUUUUAAACAAAAGCGAAAGACGGGGACAGUGCAGAAAAAGAAUGAGGAUGACAAUGGCGACUUGAGUUCAGGAUCAGAAAACCCCGAUGCGGAGUCGGAUUCGGAUGGUUCAGAUCACCACGCUACGCACCGCCGGACUCCUUCCCGCUUAAAUAAAAAGAAAUUCUCCAACGAUGCGGAUUCCGAUGAAGAGAUGCGUCUGGUUAGGAGGGCUAUCGAGCAGAAGCACAGGACUAUGCUCGGUACGGCAACCGCAGCACAUGGCGGGGGCGGAAUUGGUGGCCGAGGCCAGAAACGAGGACGAGAAGAUGGAAAUUACAAGAGCCGGAAGAAGUUGAGGCAGACGAUAUGA